AUGCCGCUUGACUUGCAUGACCUGGAUUCGAGUCCCGAGGCCAAUGCCAGAGUUAAGACUGGCUCCUCGUCCGGUUGGAAUGGCGACGGCUACCGGCCCAAUCAACGGGGUGUGUAUAGACUUGUGAUUCCGUUGAAUCUAAUCGGCAUCAGCCUGUCUCUGGAUCAGGCCUAUCUUCACUUUCCCUCGCGCAAGUUCAUUCUGCCUCCGGUAAAAUUGGGCUCUGGCGAUUCGACCUUCGGUUGCCUGGCUGACCUCCGCCUGGUAAAUCCGAGUGCCAGACCAGUGCGAUUUCGCGUUGCUUCCCCGAGCAGACUGUCGGCUCAAUCUAGUCUGCCGGAACUGUCAAGCCUUCCGGAAGACGAUGGCGACGACGGAGACGACGGAGACGACGGCGACGACGGCGACAACGGCGACAGAACGAAGCGGCAUAAAGAAGCGGUGAGGAGGCGAAGUGAGGGCCGCUUGUUGCCGUCGGCUCCGCUUGAAGAGACCCUCUCCGAAGCCGCACAAGAGGCGUCAGUCUCGGAGACAGGCCGACCUCUGGUGCACUGGGAGUUCGGAGUGCCGGUGCUCACCUGUUUGUGCCGAGAGGGCAUAAUUCUGCCCUGCUCCAUGGCUCGUCUAGAGUGGCGGUUUCGGCCCCUGCAACCUGCUACCUAUCAGGUCGGUUGGGAGUCGAACUAA